CGCUUCAUCAGGUGAACUCUACCCUCGGUAUAUAGAGGCAACGGGUGAUUGGUGAUUGCAGACAUGGCGAGAUAGUGGUUGCAAAUGCAAUGAAGUCUUCGCCUAAUCGAACGUUUAAAAAAUGAAACCAUAAUGAAAAAAACCAAAUGCAAUCUUGCACAAACAUAUAUAUGUAUACAUAUAUAUAUCUUAGCAUGAAGUUGCGGUUUGGAUAACAUCUUAUCAACAUGUUUCUUUAUUUGAGAAGGUCGCAGGGAUUGCUUUGGGAAAUACUGUUGAUGGGAGCGACAAUUACUGCCGAAUGCCCACCAAAGUGCAUCUGUGAUAUCUUUAAGGUGAACUGCAGGAAUAAGGGUCUCGUCUCAUUUCCAAAAAACUUGCCACUAAACACCAGGUAUCUGGACCUCUCGAGAAACAACAUCUCUGAAAUCAACGCUCUGCAAAUCAACCUCCUGAGCGACUUGGUCUACCUGGAUUGCAGUCACAACGCCAUCUCGGAGGUCUCCAAGCUCGACUUCCUCGCUGGGUCAAGGGUGGCGUAUUUGGACCUCAGCCACAAUACUCUGGAAAGGGUCGGCGCCACCACUUUCCAGACGCUGGCGAGCUUGAUCGUGUUGAAGCUGGGCCACAACAAGAUAAGGAACGUGCAAAACAACGCAUUUGAAUCAAACAUUGGGAUACGUGAGCUGGACCUGCGGAACAACAGCUUGACUUUCGUAAACGUUACCGCCAUAAAAAUCCUGAGUGGGUUAAACUCCGUGCAUCUGUCCGGCAAUCCUUGGGAUUGUCAAUGCACGGUUAAAGAUCUGAGUCAGUGGUUGCAGAAAGACAAAAGUUUGUUUCCAGAUGAUAAAGACACUGUCUGCCAUAGUCCAAAUUCGAUGUCUGGAAUCAAAGUCUCGGAAGCCUUAAACAACAUAUUGCACAUUUGUCUGGCCCCUCUGGAUUAUUUUGACUACAUAUUUUUCGUAAUGGUUGGUGUUACAAUAUUUAUCAGCGGCAUAAUUGUUGCAACAAUUUCAGGUAUAAUCAUGGUUUAUUUGGAUCGUCAAAGGAAGUAUACAGAAACAGAUGAUGAUAUAGAACCAGUACUGUAUCCACCAGCAAAGUCUAAUGUGAAAUUUAGUCCAGUCGGAACAUGAUAAAAGAUUCUCUACAGGAGUAUCAUACCAUCAAGACGCCUGAGUUAAUCACCAAGGUCAUUGGUAGGAUGGUUCAUAUUAUGUAUGUUAUUGAAAUGAACUAGUCACCAACCAAUGAAUCGAUAUAAUGGACUAUGUGGAAGAUUGGAGUGUAUCACUCCGUUAUGUUAUCAUUGUUCAAUUGUGUAAUACUCCCUUUGCAAUUUAUAUAUUAUCAGAUGCACACAUUUAUUUUGUAAACUAUAUGCCAAUAAACUUUAUUAUAUGGUUCCAACAUUUGCGACUUUACCAUAUUAAUGACGAUGUGCUCCACUUUCCUGUAUUGGUAUAUUCCCUUAAUCACCAAAAACAUAUCAACUUCUGGGAUUUGUGCAACCUCUGGCUUUAGGGUGGCACGGUGGUGCAGCAGUAGAUUUGCUGCCUUGCGGCACCAGAGACCCAGGAUCGAUCCUGACUCCGGGCGCUGUCUAUACGGAGUUUAGAGUUUACGCUCUCCCCAUGACCGCGUGUGUUUUCUCCGGGUGCUCCGGUUUCCUUCCGCACUCCAAAGACGUGUGGCUUUGUAGGUUAAUUGGCUUCAGUAAAUUGUCACUAGUGUGUAGGAUAGAAGCAGUGUACAGGUGGCCGUUGGUCAGCACGGACUAUGUGGGCCAAAGGGCCUGUUUCCACUGUAUCUUUAAACUAAACUAAACUCUGUCUUAAAUCGACUUGGCAAGCUGAACUUCCUCAGCGCUCCUUGGCAGAGAAUUCCAAAAAUUCACUAGCCCAGGUUAAAGUAAUUUUUUUAACCUCAUGGUGUCAUACAGCAUAGAAACAAGCCCUUUGACCCAACUUGUCUACGUCAACCAAGAUGUCCCAUCUAAGCAAGUCCCAUUGGCCCGUAUCCCUCCAACCCUUUCCUUACCUCUGUCUGCCUUGAAUAGCUGACUGGUUAUUUUGACCCUCUCUGAUGCAAUUACAUCUUUAGCCGUGGACACCAGACCAGUACACAAUAUUUCAAGUUUCAUUGUACUGUGGAUUUAGAUAGUUCCAGUCAGAAAUCUUUACUUCUGUAUUUAAUUCCUUUGCAAUAAAGGCCAAAACUAUUAUUUGCCUUCCGAGUUAUUUGCUCAAUCUACAUGUUAAUUUUUAGUUAAUUGUGUACAAGGAAACCAGUUCCUUCUGAACAGCAACUCUCACUAUAUAUGAAAAGGUCUCCCGUCUAUAUUUUCUACUCAAGUGGAUGACUUUAGAUUUCUCCAUAUGAUAUUGCAUCUACCAUUUCCUCUGCCAUUUACAUAGCAUAGCUAUACCUUAUACUAGUCAAGUGAUCAAGUAUGUCUUUUCCCCCUCAACUUCUGAUCUCAACAUUCCAGAGAAAACAAAAGCAGAAAAGUCAGGUUGGGUACUUUUAGUUUAGUUUAGUUUAUUGUUACGUGUACCAAGGUACAGUGAAAAGAUUUUUUGUCAUGUGCUAUCCAGUCAGUGGAAAGACUGUACAUGAUUACAAUCAAGUCAUCCACAUCAGUGCCGGCUCGGAUUUGUUCUGUAUAUUUUCAUAUUACUAGUUUACCUCUCCCUUGACUUUCAUUCUGAAGAAGGGUCUUGACCCGAAAUGUCACCUAUUCCUUUUCUCCAGGAGAUGUUGCCUGACCCGCUGAGUUACUCCAGCUUUUUGUGUCUAUAUUCACAGUGUACAUUGUCUGAAGAAGGAUUCUGAGCCGAAACAUCACCCAUCCUUUUUCUCCAGGGAUGCUGCCAGACCCGCUAGAGUUCCUCCAGCACUUUGUGUCUAUCUUCCGUAUAAACCAGCAUCUGCAGUUCCUUUAGACACAAUAUACAGAUACAGGGUAAAGGGAAUAACGACUAGUGCCAGAUAAAGUCCAAUAAAUUCUGAUUAAAGAUAGCCCAUGAGUCUCCAAUGAGGUAAAAGGUAGGUUAGGACAGCUCCCUAUCACGAACUGGAACCUGGGUCACUGCACGCCAUUGUGCCGUGAUCUUCAGGUGAGGUCAAGCAAGGUCUAUUAAGCUUUAAACCAUAGCACAAUUUUAACAUCUUUUGUGAGAGCCUCUUAACGACAUAAAUCUACGAGAAUCAGAGAACUAGGGGUGGUAGAGUUGCUGCCUUACAGCGCCAGAGACCUGGGUUCAAUCCUGGUUACGGGUGCUGUCUGUACGGAGUUUACACGGUCUCCCUGUGACCACGUGGGUUUUCUCCGGGUGCUCCGGUUUCCUCCAACCCUCCAAAGACAUGCAGGUGUGUAGGUCAAUUGGCUUCGAUAAAAAAUUGUAAACUGCCUCUAGCAUGUAGGAUAGUGUUAGUGUGUGGGUUGAUGGCUGGUCAGCGUUGACUCGGUCUUGUUUCCGUGCUGUAUGGCUAAUGUCUAAAUAGUAGGUUGAACCAAAUCAGAUGUCCAGCACGUUCAAUCUUGCCAUCCACAGAUAAUUACUGGAGAAAAGAAAUAUUCCUUUUCUCCAGAGAAGCUGUCUGACCCGCGGAGUUACUCCAGCUUUUUGUGUCUAUCUAAGGUUUAAACCAGCAUCUGCAGUUCCUUCGUACACAUCCACAGAUAAUUGUUAUGUAAGCCGGCAACUCCAUGGUCAAAAUCAUGUCCAGCACAAUGUAUCAAUCAAUCAAUCAAUCAAUCAAAGACUUUAUAGUCAUUCAAAAAUACAUCAACAAAUGCAAAUCUGAACAAAUUUUUGUUGCAUCUGGCUCACCGUGCACCACAAAAGGAUAAAAUAGAUAAAAAGAUAAAAUAGAUAAUAAUGGCGGCACAUUAUAUGAAAUUAUAUGUAUAUAUUUAUAUUACG